UGUUAUCCCAAUUAUUUACAAUUCACAAACCUAAACACACUACAUACUUUCCAACUUAAAGAUUUAAAGUUUAAACUCAAAAAAAAAUUAAUAUAAUUUUCAAAAAUGUCAGCCGAAGUGGAAGAGAUGUUGAAACGUUUUCAGAACUUCAAGAACGUCGUAGGGAUCAUGGUGAUCGACAACGACGGGAUUCCCAUCAAGACGACCAUGGAGUACAACCUCACACUCCAUUAUGCGGCCGUGAUGCAAACCCUGAGGGAGAAGGCCCAGCAGGUGGUCCUCGACCUGGACGCCACCAACGAAUUCACAUUCCUCCGUCUUCGAACACUAAUGCACGAGGUGCUGCUCUGUCCGGAACAGGAUUACUUCACCGUUGUCCUGCAACUUCCCUCUGACUAGAUGAGAGACCAUUUAGAGAUCUCCGUUUCAAUUCCGACCCAGUUUGCUGC